AUAGACACUCUGUUGCUACCACCGCUUAUAUUUUUAGCAAGCGGUCAGCGCCGUAAAAGAACUACAAAUAUCCCUCCGCGAUAUUCGCUUAGCUUCAAUUUGUGAACUAUAGUAUGAAAAGAAAACUUUUUUUUCAUAUUAUGGAUAUUAUCAUUGGAAUGAUUUUAAAUAUCCCUAAACGAUACUGAGUGGUGAAAACGUGAACUUGUUUAUUGUAUUUUAUCUUUUUACCGUUAUUAUUGCAUAAUAUUUAGGCGUUGCAUGUAAUUUUGAUGCAGGCAUUAACAAAAUAUAAUAAUAUAUAUUUUUAAAAAUAUACUGGUAUAAGAAAAGAGGCCAUUACAAUCGAGAGAAAAUAGUUCCUGUCGUCACGGGGGUGUAGGCGAGUCACACUGUAUAAAUACGUCGGCUUGUCCUCCAGUAAAGUUUUCCUGGACCCUCCGACUCAACUGUCAGCUGGAGACUUGCAAGUGGUUCAAAAGAAUUACUCUUCCAAGGUGAAACAUGGACUCAACGUUAUAAAAUGCGAACAAGAUCACAGGAAUCAAAUUAAUGGUGCAAGCAAAGUAGAGACAGCCUCGAAGUCGCCGUUCGCCUCACUUGAGACGUCGACAAACAACCCCCGCCUCCAAGGUGCCUUUCAAAAUGGUGACACGUGAAUCACACGGUGUACAGUGAGCCAGAGGAGAGUCGAGGACAUUACGCUUUGCAUCACCUCCCUUUUAAAACGAGCCUCAUCUCGCACGCUCGGAGCGCAGCGGCAGCCUGGUGCAGUCAUGCAUCUCGAAGUGAAGGUUGCCCUCAACUUCAUCGUCUCCUAUUUGUACAAUAAGCUACCUCGGCGUCGAGCCGAUCUCUUCGGUGAGGAGCUGGAGCGAAUCCUGGUGUCUCGUUUCGAGGGCCACUGGUACCCCGAGGCCCCCCUUCGAGGCUCGGCGUUCCGCUGCUUGCACCUGGGAGCCCCCAGAGACCCCGUUGUGGAGCUGGCCGCCAAGAGAAGUGGACUGGAUACAGAAGAGGUGCGCGCAAACGUCCCCGCGGAGCUCAGCGUGUGGAUUGACCCCUACGAGGUGUCCUACCAGAUCGGGGAGAAGGGUACGGUGAAGGUGUUGUACCUGGAGGACCCCCCAGGCCUCCUCAGUGAUGGUGAGCGACCCGAAGGGGUGAUGAGAGAGGGGAAAGGAGACUCUGAGUUGGAGGAAGCCAAGAGUUUGGGCUUCAAUCCAGACGCUCAAGUGUUUGUUCCCAUCGGAAGCCAGUUAUCUCCUUCGCUCAUGGCGCCGCUCUCCGCUUCUCCCACGCCGCCGUCCGUCCAGACCGGCCCCGCCCUCUUCAACUACCCCACCUCCACCUCGCCCGCCAACCCGGCCGCCCACUCCUCCAACACAUCCACCCCUUCUCCUCCUACAAACGGGAUGCCCUACCUUGCCACUCAGCAGCCCGCCUCCUCCCUCCCGGCGACGCGUCCGCAACCAAUCACCUUCACGACUGCCGCUUUCGCCGCCACUAAAUUUGGCUCCACCAAAAUGAAGAAGUGCAGCGUGGCCGGGUCGGCGGGCGCCUCGAGCGUCGCCGUCGGAGUCCCGCCUGUCCAGCGGAUGCUCUCCCAUUCUCCCACCGCCAUGUUGGCUCCAGAGAUGCUGCCGCACAAGUCGCUCUCUCUCUCCAUGCACUCCCUGGUCGGGCCCAUCCCCAGCCAGCUGUCGCCCAACGCCAAAGAGUUUGUCUACCCGGGAUCCCUGAGCCCCCUUUACUUCGAUGCUGAACCGCAGCCCAUGCCGGCUCACGCCAGCCGAUUCAAGCCCCUCCACCGCGCCGGCACCCACCCGUCCUUUGACCCUUUCUCCAGCCCUCCCCCAUCCCAGAGUGUGGGCAUCAUGGGCACCAACGGUGAGAUCUCGUACAUGGAGAAACCUCAAUUCGCUGAGGGCUUAGGGAGCUACAACCUGCAAUACCCAAGCCAGUCCUUCCAGCCCGUUGUGUUGGCCAACUAAGCCUUUAUUUGUCAAGAACUGGCCCAGGAGCUCCAGAUACUUUUUUUUUUUCCUUUCCCCUAACAAACUCUCCUAAUACUAAUGCAAGCUAACACUUAGAUUUCCUACAGAGAUUUAAACACGUAGCUUUCCUACAGAAAUUGAAAGAUACUGUCAUUAUCUCAUGGUAAGUUUUUUUUGGCCCAUCCCACGUGUUCUGCUUUGAAUUCAUCAUUUCCAUUGUUAUUCAUUGGAUGACAAGUAAUCUCAUGGACACGAACUGUGGUAAAGCUCCAGUUUGCACGUCAUGCUGUGGGAAAAGGACCUGGCCAAGUAUUGCACUUUGCUCUGCAAUCUGUUCAUGCCGUGCUGGCUAUUCGGAGGGGAGGAGAAGGAGGGGGGUGGGGGGGGGGAAUGAAGCGGGUGGGGGUUGUCUGCGCUUGCAUGUGUUGUGAUGUCGUGGCUCCAUGUGAUCUGGGAACAUCACGUGAUGGCCGCCUUUGAACGCUGACAUCGCAGCAGUAAAUACGGCGACUGUUUAUCAUCAGGCAGAACGCGGCCAUGGAAUGUUUUGGAGACAAAGUGAGCAAAUAGAAGAAUGUAAUUCAUCCGUCAGGGGAAAUUGCAGCGGGGAAGGUCGCGAGAACCUCUGUGAGGGAAGGCGGCUUUGCAUCUUAACAAGACGGUGCUCACGUGUGCCGAUGCCUGUCGUCAUGUGCGUGAGCAUACAUGUAGACCUUGUACAGUGUGCGCACAGCUAUAGGCACUUUUUUUUUUUUACACAUUCCCGGUCAUCGGUGUGUGAAGGUGAACAGGCAGCGAAUUGCAGUCGGGGGGAUGUUAUCCAACCGUCGAGCCCAAGAGGUUUUGAUAAAUGGCUCGGUGUGACUUUGGGGAUGUAGGGGUGCUUUUUUUUUUCCUUGGCGUGGAAAAGAAGGCAGCGAGACGGUUGCACUGCCUCAGUGGCGUCCGGUGUGUAUUGACUUUGAGAGCGACGUUUUUAAAACCCAGAACACGUUGCCGGUGAGCUUAAAUGGUAUCGAAGCAAAAGGCUAACGCCGUUCAGCCCCUCCUUGAAAUGCUCCGAUGCGGAGGGAGAGCAGAAAAAGGUGAAGCUGCUUCUUGCCUCCUGGUUGUCAAGCGGACGUCGAUGAAUGUUCUGUUUUGUUGACGGGCUUCUCUAUUUUCAGCUUGUCGCGGCCCUUCAACUCUAUUGUGUUAGGACAAAAUGGGCAAUUUGAGCACUUUAUUAGGCGGAGCUCUACUCUCAUCCAUAUAUAUUUUUUUUCUUUUUUUUUUUACAUUCCACUGUCAUUUAAAGAGACGCAAGCACUUCAAAAAUGUCUUGAAAAGGUGGAAAUGGAGUCUUGCCCAUUUAAUGUUUCUCUAGACUGAGAUGUACGUAUUCGUGUUUUGUACCCAAAGACCCUAAAACUGUUUUUCCCCCCCUCGCACACCCUUUUGGAGAAUGUGGAGGGAACUAUUGAUUUGUUUUUGUCCUGUAAUUUAAACAACAAAAAAAAAGACCUGAUAUUUCUAUAUAUUUUUGUUUUUGCAAACUUAUUAUGAAGUCCAAGAAAAUGUACAUAUAAAAUUCUUAUGUUCAGAUGCGUUCAGAUUUGUUUAGUUUCUUACACGCUGAAGUUAUUUUUGCAAAAAGUAACCUGAAUAUAUGCAAACUGAGAUAAAAAUAAAAAAUGUAACUAUUAUGUACAGAGUCCAGUAUUGAAUGUGUAUUGUACUUUGUACGUCGGCAGUCUAAAGAGACGGGGAAAUGUAUUCGAGCUGGGGUUUGAAGAGCGGAAUGUUUACAAAAGAGAGCUCAAAAUCACUGUCCUCCUAGCUGCAAUCUGAAAACGCUAACUCGCCAUAUCCAUACCAAAUCCCCGAGCAGAAUUAUUCCCGAUGAAAACUGACAUUGACCUCUUCUCCCUUUGAGUCUGACCAUCUGGUCUCCGUGAUAUAGCCAUAUUCCGAAUCAUCAUGAUUUAAACAGACCCUCAAUCGCCCUUGUCGAGCGCAAUGUAAUUGAAAAAGACCCUGCCGUGGGUUUCUACCUCUCCUCUCCCUGCAUCGCAUCACAAUAUGUUGGUCUCUGCACAUAGGAAGGAUGAAGGAAAUGAAUGUUGUGCUCUUGGCCAGCCCUGCAUGGUUGAGAGGGCCUGCGGAAGCCCGGCUGGGAUACCUGCAUAUUUUAUUGCGCUUAAAAGAACUCCAAAUAGGGUGUGCGUUUCAACUUGAGCGCAACCGCAUUGUGGGUGUGUGGGGGUGUGUGUGUGAGAUCAAAAUAACCCGUUUGAGAUGCAGCCCAAACUCUUACGUGCAGGUUAUCCUCCAGUCGGGGAGGGGGGGGGGGUGAAGAAAAACAAGGAUUUUGUAUUCUGAUGUUCUUUGCUUAGAUCAUGUUUUAUUUUGCACUUUGGAAUAUUUCAUUGUUAGAAGAGUUUAUUUUCGAUGUGGCAUUUAAAUGUGUAAUUGAAAAGAUGUACAAAUGGUUCUUUCCUUUUCUGACUGUAUUUUUAUUUUUUCCUACUUUGUAUCCGAUCUGUACACCUUGUUGAUGUUUGGAGAAAAAAAAAGUCUUUCACGAAUGAAAUGCAAUGACCUGUUUUCUUGGAAUGGGGCAUUACUACUGCAGUUUCUUAUUGUGUCAGAUUUGUUUUUUAAGUUUGUAAUAAAAAGACCAGUAAGCAUGGAAAAUAA